AUGCCUACUUUAUAUACUGGACCAACAGGUAAUGGAAGAAAACCAACAAUUUUAAUUAAAUUAUUAAAUGCACCAAUUGAUAUUCAUUUAUUUGAAUGGCCAACAAAGGAAAUUAAACAACAAUGGUAUUUAGAUUUAAACCCCAAUGGUACUCAACCAACAUUAGUUGAUGACUCAAAAAAUUUAAAAUUAUUUGAAAGUAAUGCUUUAUUACAAUAUAUUGCUGUGAAUUAUGAUAAAGAUCAUAAAUAUUAUUAUUCAGAAUCAGAUAAUUUUAAUUUAUAUUGGGAACAAUAUACAUGGUUAUAUUAUCAAGGAUGUCAAUUUGCUGCUUUUAAUUUAGCAAGAGCAAUAACUCAUAUAAAUGAAGGUCAUAAUGAUAAAUUUACUGAACAAGAUGUUAUAAAAGGUUUUAAACAAAUUUAUGAAAUUUUAGAAAAUCAAUUAAUCAAAAAUAAAUCAGGUUGGUUAAUUGGUAAUAAAUUUACAAUAGUUGAUAUUUCAUUUGGUUGUGGUAAUCAUAGAAGAAUUGAAAAAUCAACAAAUACUAAUUUUGAUAUUAAAAAUUUUGAUACAUUAUAUCCAAAUGUUGUUAAAUGGUAUAAUAAUUUUUUAUCAAUUGAUGGUAUAAAGGAAAUACUUGAUAAAAAAUGA